AUGAAGGUCACUUGGAAAGAUAUCAGCGCGGUUCCCACCUCCGCCGAGUUCUUAGAUAUCGUCCUUUCACGUACGCAAAGAAGGCUGCCGACACAGAUCCGUGCUGGAUUCAAGAUCCACCGUAUCCGCGCAUUCUACAUCCGAAAAGUCAAGUACACGGCCGAGACGUUCGCAGAGAAACUCACGGCGAUCCUGGACGGCUUUCCGCGUCUUGCAGAUAUCCAUCCGUUUCACAAAGAUCUGCUCAACACCCUCUACGAUGCGGACCACUUCCGAAUCGCCCUCGGCCAGUUGAACACAGCAAAGGGCCUGAUCGAGACGGUCUCGCGCGACUACAUUCGUCUGCUCAAAUAUGGCCAGUCGCUAUUCCAGUGCAAGCAGCUUAAGCGUGCUGCGCUGGGCCGUAUGGCCACCAUUUGCAAGCGUCUCAAGGACCCGCUCGUCUACCUCGAGCAAGUUCGUCAGCAUUUGGGCCGUCUUCCAGGAAUCGAUCCCAACACCCGCACACUGCUUAUCUGCGGCUACCCGAACGUCGGCAAAUCAUCCUUCCUGAAGAACAUCUCGCGCGCCGAUGUCGAUGUACAGCCAUACGCCUUCACGACCAAGUCACUGUUCGUUGGCCACUUCGACUACAAGAUGCUGCGUUUCCAGGCUAUCGAUACACCCGGUAUCUUGGAUCACCCUCUAGAAGAGAUGAACACCAUUGAGAUGCAGAGUAUCACUGCAAUCGCGCAUUUGCGAAGUGCAAUCAUGUACUUCAUGGAUCUCAGCGAGCAGUGUGGAUACAGCGUCCAGGCACAGAUUGCACUUUUUGAAAGCAUCAAGCCUCUCUUCGCAAACAAGCUGGUUUUCAUCGUAAUCAACAAGAUCGAUGUGAUGCGACCCGAGCAGCUCGACCCGGAAACACAGGAGCAAUUGCAGAAGUUGUUGAAGGGUGCAAAUGUCGAGAUGUUGCAAUUGUCAUGCACAACGACAGAAGGACUGAUGAAUGUGAGGAAUGCGGUCUGUGACCGGCUUCUGGCUGAGCGCAAUGCUCAGAAGCUGACGGCUGGCACCAACGCCUCGGGUGAAGUCACAGGACGUCUUGGCGAUGUUCUACGAAGAAUUCAUGUUGCUCAGCCUUUGGGUGGCAUGAAGUGGGAGGCAGACAUUCCCGAGGCUGCGCUGAACAGGAUGAAAUACGACAAGAACGAUCYCAACCGGCCUAAGCUUAUGCGGGAUGUCGAAGAGGAGAAUGGCGGUGCAGGUGUCUUCAACGUCAAUCUCAAGGACAACUACCUCCUUGAAAACGAUGAAUGGAAAUACGACAAGAUUCCCGAGAUCGUCGACGGCAAGAACGUGUACGACUUUUUUGAUCCUGAGAUUGAGGCUAAACUUGCCGCACUCGAAGAAGAGGAGGAGCGUCUCGAAGCGGAAGGUCACUACGACGAGGAUGACGAUCUGGAGGAUGCCGAGGAUGCCGACAUUGCCUUCAAGGCAGAGAAGAUUCGUGAGAAGAGAAUACUGAUCAAGAAUGACAACAAGAUGCGCAAGUCACUCAAGAACAGAGCCAUAAUCCCACGAUCGAAGAAGGCAGUGGAGCUGGGCAAGAUGGAAUCUGCGCUUCAAAAGGCUGGCUACGACACCUCCACAAUCUCCGAGCGUGCUCGUUCGAUGUCUCGUGGACGCAACAAGAGCCGCGCAGGAACCGAGGACGCCUCCGACGCCGAUGCAAUGGAUGUUGAUGAGAGUCAACAGGCACGUCUGUCACGGAGCAUCUCGGUCGCUCGUGCCCGAAGCCAGAGCGUCAGCCGCAGAGAUGAUGGUGUUGCUGAUCCAAUGGCGAGAAACAAGGCAGAUCGUUUGGCUAAGUUGGGCCAGAAGAAGAUGAACAGAAUGGCUAGACAGGGUGAAGCCGACAGGCAUACCACUGCUGCCCUUCCCAAGUGGCUUAUUGCCGGAAAGAGAGGCUCGGGCACUACGAGAAGUCGUUAA